AUGGGUGGGGCAGAUCCUGUGGUCGAUGGGUGUGAGCUCAAGAUUGAUCAGCUGCUACCUGUCGUCACUACUGUACAACAUGUCCACCAGUUCAAGAUCAUCGCCCUCGCUCUGUACCGCAUCGUGACACUCGGCUGUGUCCAGGCGGAGCAGCCCAUGAAGCUUACCCUCGCCCUCGCCGUUGCGGUCACCAUUGCCACCGCCGUCCUUGCCGCGCCGUCGCUUGGCGCAGUCACCGAGCGUGCUGUCGCAGACGUGCGGCUGACCACGCCAGUCAACCUUGAUGUCGCAGCCAAGCAGGCCGAGGCCGCCGCCGCCGUUGUUCGCACCGCCCGCCUCGGCGGACUCACGUCCAACUACACCUGGUCCGGGUGCAUCAACAUCCCCGCCAUUGGCCCCGUUUGCGUUGUCCUCACUGCCAAUCCCUCGCCCCUCAGCCUGGAGAUCGACAUCACCGUCGACGGCGAGGUUGUCCUCUCGGAGACUGUUUCUGGCAACCAGGUGUGCGUCAACACCAACGACCUGCUCGACGUCCUCGAGGCCGUCUGCGCGGUCUGCAUCCCGGUCAUCGACGCCAUCAAGGCCGCGCUCAAGUACAUCCCGGCGUCGGUCCUCUCGCUCUGCGUUGACUUUGAGAACCUCGACUUUACCUCGUCGUCCGUCUCCGGCGACGUCUACCUCGACGCCACCAUCCUCUGCUGGGAGAGCCAUUGCGUCUACAAGGGCAACAACUUCCUUGGCCACUUUAACCUUCCGAUCUAA